AGAAGAAAGAGAGUCACAGAAUCUACCCCCAUUUCUCUUUCCUUUCGCUAGGCGGCGAUUAGCUUCUUCACAUUCCUUCUUCUUCUUCUUCAGCACUAAAUUCCGGCCAUGUCAGUCGUUAAUCCCUUCCUCCGGCAAUGUCCAUACGCAGCCUCGACUGCCUAUUCUCCGACGUCUGAUUUGCUUCCUAAAUUUACUCAUUCUUCACGAAUGUCACUCAAAUUCACCAUUUCUUCCUGUGCUCUAGCAGCAUCUCCUGUCACCGUAUCGUAUGUCAACACGGAUAAGAGAAUACCUGAUAGAAAUGAAAUUCGAUUCGGCUUGCCUAGCAAGGGACGAAUGGCUUCAGAUACUCUCGAUCUCCUCAAGGACUGCCAAUUAUCAGUUAGACAGGUGAAUCCUCGUCAGUAUGUUGCACAGAUUCCUCAGCUGGCAAACUUGGAAGUUUGGUUUCAGCGGCCAAAGGAUAUAGUUCGGAAGUUGGUGUCAGGGGAUCUAGACCUUGGUAUAGUGGGCCUGGAUACAGUUUAUGAAUAUGGACAGGAAAAUGAAGAUCUAAUCUUUGUUCAUGAUGCCCUUGAUUAUGGAGACUGCAGAUUAUCGCUUGCAAUUCCCAAGUACGGUAUCUUUGAGAACAUUAACUCAUUGAAAGAGUUGGCAGCGAUGCCCCAGUGGACUGCUGAGAAGCCUCUGAGAGUUGCCACUGGUUUCACCUAUCUGGGGCCAAAAUUCAUGAAGGAAAGUGGAUUGAAGCACGUCAUCUUUUCAACUGCUGAUGGAGCACUUGAGGCAGCUCCUGCGAUGGGGAUUGCUGAUGCUAUAGUGGACCUUGUGAGUAGCGGCACAACAUUGAGAGAAAAUGAUCUGAAAGAAAUUGAAGGAGGAAUCAUCUUGGAAAGUCAGGCCGUUCUUGUUGCUAGUAGGAAAUCACUUGUCCAAAGGAAAGGUGUUCUUGAUGCUACCCACGAGAUUCUUGAAAGGCUGGAGGCUCAUCUGAAGGCCGCCGGACAGUUCACUGUAACAGCCAACAUGAGAGGAAACAGUGAAGAAGAGGUGGCUGAACGUAUAUUGAGCCAAAAUUCAUUAUCUGGCUUGCAGGGUCCAACCAUAAGCCCCGUGUUCUGCAAGCGCGAUGGGAAAGUAUCAGCGGACUACUAUGCCAUUGUCAUUUGCGUGCCCAAAAAAUCUCUCUAUCAAUCCGUUCAACAGCUUAGAGCCAUUGGAGGUAGUGGAGUUUUGAUUUCACCUCUGACUUACAUAUUCGACGAAGAAACUCCAAGAUGGCGCGAACUUCUAUCGAAAUUGGGAUUAUAGAAAAUCAAAACCGGGUUUAUUGGAUUAUUUUGGAUUCUGAUAUUUUAUUUGUCUGUUUUAUGUUUUACCCAUGAUAGGCUGCUACUAAGGUUUUGUUGUCAUCUGUAUUUAUUACAUUUGAUUUGGAUUUCUUUAGAUUUUUACAAAUAAAUAAAUUUGCUUUAAGGAUUUGAAUUGAGAA